AUUGAUCGGCAUCGGUCUGAUAGAAAAAGAAAAAAUAAAGCUGUUGUCGGAUCAUGCAGCCUUUUGCCAGGAAGUAGUAUUUUUGUUGCGUGGAUAAUUGAUGAUCCUCGAUUGGCGAUACAAGAUAUACAAAAUGCGUGUUCUAGUGGAGGACGCCAGCCACGCAUAAUUCCUCUGCGUUGCGGUCACCUCGAAAAGCAUUUGGAGGAUUACCGCGCGCUUGUUCGCUGGCGUUUCUCAGCUUUAUCCUCCUGAACAAGCAGAAGUACUACACGAGGUCGGCACUCUGGCUGGUGAGUUAGAAACAUGGAGACUUCGGGGGCAGGUGCAACGAGGAACCCGGCCUGGCCGCAAAAGGCAUCCCACAGUCUGCGUCCGGCCUCAGCACCCUUGCGACGUGGGGUUCGUCGGAGCCGCGACGUGAGAAACUUGGCGGAGCCGGAAAGCGCGGGGACUUCGGUUGCAGGAGGGGAUGACGAAAUUGGGAACAACAGCUCGACAAAACCUCCGAAAAUCUGGAAAGGAAUGCGGUCCGCGGCACCCGACCACCAGCCUUGGAAGGAGAGUGUAGCGAAGAUUCCGGGAAGCGAAUACUACAAUCGUAACGCCUACGAGGUAUCGUCUAUGGAACAGUUGAAAUUCGACCAGCAGUUGUACCGGUCCUACAGUCGAGCAGACAAUCCGCUGCAACGCAGCUAUGCCAGCGGGACCCACCCGAAUGUCACCCUGCGCGGUGUGCCGCUGCCCGGAAGCAGCUCCGGCGGCUAUGCAGCACCAGAUGAGGAACAGACGGGGGGACCGCGGGGAUCCGGCAACAGCAACAUGGCGUCAAGAUUGGAGCGCACUGCAGCCGGUGAGUUCCGUCGCCCGCAAACCGGUGGUCUUCACCUCCGGACUUUUGACGGACACGAGAGGACUCUCACUGUAGGUUUAACGGUGAAAAAGGACCCCGACUCGACGUUUGGAGAGGCAUAUGGGGAUAACACCGGCAGUAUCAAAUGAAUCUGAAAUAAAUGCGUUUUUCUUCAUUGGGUUCGGAACAAGCGUGUGCCGCUUGGUUGUCAUGCACCUUUUGAAGGACGCACGGACAGGAUACCGGUGAUGGUCUGCAAUGCACGUUGAAGAAGCUCCUGUGGCACCUUUUGGCGCCGCUCAUGCAAUACUGUUACGGAUUUUUUUUUUUUGCGAUCGACAUCGAUAUUCGAGAACGAGAGCUGGCAUAGAUAGGGCUCUUCAGAGAGUUUAUUAUUGCAGUUUGCAAUGCUCCGACUCCGAGAGACGCUGACGCAGACACAUUUGCAAUUUACAUGCAGCUUCGGGACAGCAGCGAUGCGCGCGAGUGGCAGGAUGAGACUCGGCCGCGGGCAGCAAGGUUUAACUGCGGACCCCGUGGCAGCGAACGAUGAGGCUGCAGCUGGUCUUCAUGAAGUAGAAGGAACGUCCUCUGGGGCUCUCGAAUUGCAGCUGUAUAGUCAGUAUGCAUUGCCAAAGUAUCGCAUUACAGUUGUAGCCUAAAUUCUCGCAAAGCAACUUCAAGUAUUUUAUUUCAUCAAAAGGAAAAGUAAAAGGAAACAAAAGGAAAAAACAAUUUGUAAUCGUAAUGCUGAUUCAUUGUGAUUGGGAUUAGCCAUAAUUGGCAUUGCGGCCAUUGGAGGCUCCAGGUAGUUAGAUCUGCAAGUGCAUUGCUAAUGCAUGAAUGCGGUAAAAUAAAGCAUCAGGACGAGCGCGAUAUUUUUCAGAGGAUAGCUCGCAGAAAGCAGCGCAAUACCUGGGCACGACGGGCUUUGAGAGGUUACCCAAUGGAGAUGCAUCAAACGAAAAGGUCGUGGUCAAGCUACCGCUAGGUUGGACGAAGCACCGUAGCACUCCUGAAGAUGGAGGAGUUGCUGGCGAUGCAAAACGUAGUAAAGCGUUUUACUAUAAUCGCUUCACAGGUGAGUCGCGCUGGGAGCGCCCUACUGCAGUUGACGUGUCCGAUAUGAUGUACACGGAGCCGGCAACGAAACGCAAACAGGAGCUGAAUGAGCAAAAUACAAAAGAACAGGCACAGCAGAUUGCUGCUAUCGAGCAGAAUGUUGUGGAGGGAGACGGGCUUCACGAUGUCGACGAAAAUCUUCCCGAUAUUGUGCUCUUUUUUAUCAUCAUCUACCGCUACUUGCGAAUGAAUUACCGAAGGUUGCAGAAGCAGCUAAAGAAGGCCUUCGAAAAGCAGGUGGAUGAGGAGGUAAUGGCAAUAUUGAUGCGAGAAAAUGAAGCGUUUGCACUAACCCAUAUGGGCGUAGGCGUAGACCUUGUCGAGUACGUGGAGCCCUUGGAAACCAGAAAGAUUCCUCAGAGUGCAACCGUCCACCCCUUUCUGUCGGAAGCGGAAGCGAAAACGUUGCUGCUGCGCAUGCCAGCCCUUGGAGAUGGUUUUGAACACUUCAAGACGUGGACGAUGGAGGUUGGUAGACGUACUCGAGAGAUCGUAUGGGACUUUGGAAUUAAUGCGUUACGCUGGUCGCUCUCGCUGCUUUUGCAUGAUUUCUUCUCAUGCAGAAUCGCUAUCGCCAUAUUGAAAUAAGAAAUUUUUCGUUCCAGAUCUGUAACGCAAGACGCGCACGCUUCUCCCUUUCAUUUUUGCUAUUCCUGCGUCACAAAGAAAGUGAAAUUCAUGCUCAUGCAGCAGCGAGUAGUAUAACGCUUGAGAACGGCAUAGAACGGCCGGGAUGCUUGGAUCCGUAGCUUGUGGGAACGAUUAAACUAUCAGGUACGUCGAGCGCAUUUGUUGAGCAAGCCUUUUUAUUUCGUCGAUAACUUCUUGUAUACUGCACUUGCAUGAUCAAUUUAUUGCCAACAGCAGCACCACAUCCGCACUAUUAUUUCGCUCAUUGCAGUUUUGGACAAAAUACAAGUCUGCGAAAGUCGCACGAUCAACCUACCAAAUAAUAGGCUCGCGGCCAGCCAAAUGCUUCUUCUGUUCACUCUUGUUCCUCUUCCUUCAGCACUUUUUUUUCCACUAUGUAUGUACCUGAAUCCACUUGCAUAAUAUCAGGCUGAAGACGAGGAGAGAGGGAAAGUACCGGCAAAAUCGUACUCCCUUGCGAGCCUUCAGGAGGAGCAUGGUGGGCUGGAACACUGUGUGCUAAUGGAGCGCGAGCUUCGGGAAUAUCCACAAAAAAACAACCAUCCCCACCCAUUUUUUACAUGGCAAGUAGUGAAACUUACGCACAUUUUGCGUGACAAAUUGGAUGGGGAUGAUUCUUUUUUUGUGAAUAGGGAACGCGUACUGGAGAUCUGUAGUGAAAAAGCCAGCACCUACGAGAAGCUCGCCCUCAAGCAGCGCACUGGGACCGCCCAAGACAUGGCGCGACUAAAGGAGGCACAGAGCACAUUACAUCGCGAGCAGCAGGAUUUAGCCAAACUCCGAAAGCAAAAAGAGGAGGUUUCUCGUGUAUUGAAGCGAGUGGACAACAGCUACGAUACCAGAAAACUUGACAGAUAGCAGCUCCACUCGCACACAAUGCAAGAACGCGAGAGCAAGUGUCUCCAGAUAACCCUCAUUAAAUGCUACGCUGUGGCGAGACCUUCUUCAUGCUCAUCUCGACGCGUUAAACUCCCAGACCAUAGAAGUUUGUUUCGGGAGGUUGUUUAUUCACUUUCGCAAACCACGACGAACAGUAGCGUAGGAGGACCGGCACAGGCUUAGGCUUACUAAAUAGACUAAGACAUCAGGCACUUGGAGAAGAUCUGACUGGGUCGGAUUUACCACCGAACGCGAAACCCAACGAACCGAGGAUGAACAGAAGGGAGAGUCGUGGCGUUUUUUGCUAGGCGACGCGAGGACGAAGGAAGAGGAAGAGCUAACCUUCCUGGUCAGAGUCGUGCUCGUGGUUAUCUGAAAUUUUGUACGAAGAAACAAGAAACGCAAGAUGAACC